UAACUGAGAGCAUGAGCGGAACUUGUUUCACGAUGAGCUAGAAGACUUUCAUGGCUUGGACCUGUAGCGGCUUUGUGUGGCUUGGGAACGAACGGCCUGCCGAGCCUCAGACAGUAACUGUGCCGUGUGGCAGUGCAUCGCUGUCCUAGGCAGGCCUCUCAACUCCACAUGUUGUCAUGAUCACUUACCAGGGCCCGCGCUCCACCCCACUUCCCCAAGAAUGUGUCAUCUCUGUUUCAAAAAGUUAGAAAAAAACUCGUCAAGUUAGAAAAUAAGUAAUAAAACAUAUUGUCUUCAGGGAGCAAAUGUGAUAAUAGUGAGGGAAACAGUCUGCAUCCCAUGCUGUUUUUUUUUCUUCUGUUCCUAGAGUCUCAUGAAUUUUUGUGUAUUUGAUAGGUGUGAAUAAGAAAGCAUGAAUUUUACCCUGAUACACACCCCUGUCUGCAGAAACGUUAGUGGUCCCACCAGGUGGAAGGAAAUGGCAGAUUUGAUGGAUUCAACUCCCUUGCCUUCUAUCAAAGAUCACCUGGCCGUCCUCUGCCCUUCCCAGGAGCUUCUGGAAUAUUAUCAAAAGAAGAUGGCUGAGUGUGAGGCAGAAAAUGAGGAUCUCUUGAAGAAGCUAGAAAUCUACAGAGAAGCUUGUGAAGGACAGAAUAAAGUUGAAUGGAAUUUGCAGCAGAGGGAGGAAGAGAUUGCUGAAUUGCAGAAAGCUCUAAGUGAUAUGCAAGUCUGCCUUUUCCAGGAACGGGAACAUGUUUUACGCCUCUAUUCAGAAAAUGACCGUCUGAGAAUCAGGGAACUAGAAGACAAGAAAAAGAUUCAGAAUCUCCUGGCUCUUGUGGGAACAGACACCAGAGAAGUAACCUAUUUUUAUAAGGAGCCUCCCCAUAAAGUCAGCAUUCUCCAGAACAGUACCCAGGCUGUAGAUGCGUGUGAACCAAAUGAGUCUUCUGCUUCCAAAGCAGGUCCUAAAGUAAGCCAAAAAAGACCAUCAUUGAGAGAGAAGGAAGGUGGUUCUGAGCAUUACCAAAGAGACACACAAGCACUCGUCCUACAAGUGGAAGCACUGCAGGCGCAGCUGGAAGAGCAGACCAGGCUCUCCAGAGAACAAGUCGAAGGGCUCAUGGAGGAUAGGCGCAUUCGCAUUGAGGAAAUAGAAGUUCAGCACCAGAGAAAUCAGGACAAAGUCAAAGAGCUAACCAAAAGUCUCCAUCACACCCAAGAGCUGCUAUAUGAGAGCAUCAAAGACUUUCUGCAACUGAGAUUUGAAAACCAAAAUAAAGAGAAGUCAUGGAUGCUUGAAAAGGAUCAUUUGAUGUCAAAGAUUAAGCAAUAUAGGGUGCAGUCUAAGAAGAAAGAAGAUAAAAUUGGAAAAGUUUUCCCAAUUUCACAUGACAGUCAUCAUGCCCAAAAUGAAUAUAUUAAGUCCCUAAAGGAUAAGUUAAUACAAGAGAAGAAGCUGUCCAACAUGUACCAAGAGCAGUGCAUUUCCUUAGAAGAAGAACUUGCCCGGAUUCGGGAGGAGGAGGGAGUACAGAGAGAGAUCUUCAAGGAUCGCUCUAACAAGAUGGGGAAGCGUUUACAGAUAAUGACAAAACGCUAUGAGGCCUUGGAGCAUCGACGGAACUUGGAAGUAGAAGGCUUUAAGACAGACAUUAAAGUUCUUCGACAGAAACUGAAAGACUUGGAACAAAUGCUGUACAAGGCAACAAUGAAUGCUCAGGCAAACCAGGACCUUGCGAUGCUGUGUGAGGUCCGCAACAGCAAUAGACGGGCACAUAAGAUACAAGGAGAACUGAAGAUCCUCAAGUCCAAAGUGUUCGGUCUGGAGAAUGAACUUAGGCUCUGUUGAUAUGUGCUUUCAGAAGAAAGGUCAUCUGCUCUCAGGAGUGUGGACCUGAAAUUGUUAAGAGUAGUUGUACCCAUUUUUAUAAAGACCGAGUGAAGAAGAAGAGCACAAAGAAAGCCUUUCUUGCAUGCCAAGGUUCCUUUGCAAUUGUCACUGUCCUGUUGACCUUCCUGGGGUAUAGAGAUGACAGCCUAAAUUACUUUGAGGCUUUCCUGCAUUAUUUCUCCCCUUGUAUUGACUGGUUUUUGUUUUUUUUAAGAAGGCAGUGAGUGAAACUCAGAAAGACAGUUUUUGCUAUGAUUUUGGUUGAAUGACAGUUGGAAGAACACUUUUCCUACAGGAUAAAAGCCCUCAUUGAAGGUGCCUUCUUCCUAGGCAACGAAAGUUGCUGCUGCCAAUCACUUACCAAAUCUGCAGUGUAUCGGCUCUUUAACUUUCCUCACUCAACGCCUGUGCUUGCUGGGUCACCACCAGAGGGCAGUAGAGAUCCUUCUCCCGCAAAACGUUAAUCUGAAAAAUAGAGGCGCUGCUGUGGCAAGAGAGGGUGAAGCUGAAAGGAUCCUCGUAUGAAAAAUUUAACAUUUUAGCAAUAACAUGUUUUGUUAAGUAAUGUAUUUCAAAUGGACUACUUUCAAUAAAAUACAUAAUUUUAAAUAUU